AUGAGCGUUCGGCGGGAUGAGGCUGACCGGGUUCUUCAAUUGAAGAGCCGAGAAAGAGAGGCCCAUGCAUGUUAUCCCUGCAGAAAACGAAAAGUGAAGUGUGAUGGCAAUCAGCCCUGUCGGACAUGCCAAAAACGAAAGCAUGCACAUAUCUGCGAAUUUGACAUUCCAGGUCCUUCGAGGCGUAGAUCCGCCCCUCGCCAUAAUGACCAUGUCACUCGCUCUGCUUCACCCCAAGUGACCCAAGCUGUACUCGAGAGUCAUGGUGAAUCUCCGGCUCAGAGUCACGAUGCUUCCAAAAAUUAUGUUUACUCGGGAGACAACUCUGUUGUCUCGAUUUUGCGAUCACGAACGGACGCAUCGGAUGUUAAUGAUUUGAUGGCACGUGAAGUUGGCUCUGUUUUGGGUCUCUCGAAUACCUUCAACAGCUAUCCGUUCGUGGACAGGAAAACUCCCCUGGAGAGAUGGAAAGCGUUGCUGGAGGUUUCGCCAGAGCGAACAGAAAUCUUAAAAUUUUUCCAUUAUUACCGCGUGACAGCAUACCCAUUCAAUCCAAUAUUGACCGAUAUGGAUCGCUUUGAAGCGGAUUUGUGCACAUAUCUGAACUCUCAUGCUUUGGGAGAGUUCAAGGACCCCGAGAAGAUCACAGACCGGUGGGCAACAGACAAGUCCAUUGGCCAUAUCAGUCUCCUUCUGGCCACACUGGCAGCUGGAGUCCAUUAUUCCGAUCUUGAAUACCCUCAACGAUUAGAGCUUGCUACAGACUUUGCCCGCAGAUCAUUCCAUGCUCUCCGUCUGGCAAACUUUCUUUUCCGCCCAUCAUUGGAUGCCAUCCAAGCGCUUCUGAUCAUUGGCAACACGUUACAGAACAUGGGUCAGUCGGAUGCUGCUUGGGCAUUGCUUGGGACUACAGUUCGUCUGGCCCAAACCAUGGGACUGCACACCGAAAGAAGCACUCUCCAUUGGCCCGAGUAUGUUCGAAUAAAAGCGAAGAAGCUUUGGUCGACAACUGUUUGGCAAGAUAGCCUCCUCUGUCUCUGUUAUGACCGCCCGCCUAUAGUUUCUGUGACAGGGUGGCCUUUGGAUUAUGCGCGCCUGGAACAAAACAACCUGUCCUACCCAGAGACUAUGCACCUUUUGUGUCGCCUAGGCCUAGAAAUUUUGCGACCGGAAAACCUCGGCACUACAGAACUUGACAGGGCCAUCGAAGGGCUCCAAAGAUUGGAUGAUGCUGGCCAGCGAAGUCAGCUUUACUUGCGAAAUCGAGAAAGCUGUAUCACGUUUCAACAAAACCUUGAGCACCUGGCACUCAGAAUGCAUACAUCCUUUUGUGUUUCCGUUCUGUGCCGACCGGCAAUGAAACAAUCCCCGCCCCAGCCACUCUACCCACAAGCUGAUUUACUUCGGGCACGUGCGAAAGCAGGAUUGAUUGAUGCGUCCAAGGCGUUCCUUGACUUCCAGGCUCUGAGCGUUGUUCCCUUGAGGAGUUGGUCGAUGGUGCAUACCGUUCUGAGCUCCACGUUGCUUCUUUGCAUCUGGGAAGAGACACGUCAUGACCCCGAGUGCCGGAGUCUGCAGCAACGGGUCAUUGAUGUGUUCUCGUCAUCAGACUCAAGAACGACAGAAGGCGGCGCUUUAUCCGAUAGCGAUGGGCAGUGGUUGUCUGCUCGACAUAUUCAGGCUCUUGUUACACUCCGAACUGCUUUGGAUCGACAAGGCGAAAGAAAUGCAAACCAACCUGAGAAUCUGGGGACGGGCUUCGAUACUGGCCCAAAUCUCAAUCUCAGCAAUUUGGAUGGCUACAUACCAGGGCAAAUGAUCGAUCCAUUCGACAUUUCACCAGUAACAUAUUUAGACUCAAUUAUGAACGGUAAUUGCAGCUCUUCGACAAUGAUUAGUGGUCUUUGA